AUGGCCGAGAGAGUGACUACGAAAGAAGCUCUCAAGAAACUCGAUGCUCAACUCGAAUGCUCCCUUUGUCUCGACACUUUCAAGCAGCCGAAACUUUUGCCUUGUUUUCACGUGUUUUGCAAGUCCCCGUGUCUGGAGAAACUAGUGACCAAGGAUGGACGCUCCCUCACUUGUCCCACCUGUCGACACAUUGUCCCACUGUCAGAGAGGGGAGUGGCUGGACUGCAAUCAGACUUCCACAUCGACCACUUGUUUGAGAUACAAGAUGCUUUCAACAAGGCUGAAGACGACAAUGAUAGAAACUGUGGCAGCUGUGAAGAUGGCAAAGCCACGGGAUACUGUAACGACUGUGGGGACUUUUUGUGUAACGAGUGUCAAGCUGCUCAUAAGAAAAUGAAAUAUCUACGGAGUCAUAAACUAAUUUCGCUGGAUGAACUCAAAGCUCAAGUGACUAGCCUGGUUCCCCCCAAGAAAGCCGUCCCCCAUUGCCCCAAGCACUUGGACAAUGCCCUCAAGAUAUACUGCGAUACCUGCUCCACUCUCAUUUGCACAGACUGCACCAUUCGUCUCCACAAAGACCACAACUACGACCUGGUGGCUGAUGUGCUGACCAAGCACAAGGAAGAACUUGUCUCCAGUCUCAAACCAGUCAAAGAGAAGCUUGGCAGUGUACAACGAGCUCUGCAGGACUUUUACACAAGAGUCAAGGCAAUCCACGAUCAGAGGGCCGCGAUUGAAGCCAACAUCCACAAGGAGAUUGACGAACAACAUCGACUGUUGGACCAACGAAGGGCAGAGCUUGUGGGAGAGCUAGAGAUGCUGACUCAGCAGAAGCUGAAGGAUCUGGCGGCACAGAGGGACCAAGUGGAGAUCACUCAGGUGAAACUGACCAGCUGUCUGGAGUACGCUGAGGGGGGUCUCAAAACAGGCACAGACGGUGAAGAGAUGGUCUGA